UUAAAGAAAAUAGCCACUAGAAACUUUUAGAACCAAAACGAAAUUUGCUACUUUCCUUCUUCCUCGCUCUGCUCCGACCUGUCGCCGCCCUAAAAUCGCGAACCAUAAUGGACCGAAUGACUUCGAAUUUGCUUGAUGAAGCUAUAGGUUUUGAUGAUCCCACCCCUCUGAUCGGCCGUCUGUUGCUCGUCGAGGAUUGCGUUGAAACAAGCGGUGCUUUUGUUCUGCAUCACCUCCUCAAGCGCGCCUUUUCUUCUCCUCACUCUUCCAAUGUCGUCAUCUUCCUUGCAUUCUCUCAGUCCUUCAUCCAUUACGACCGCAUCCUCAGGAAGCUGGGGUGUAACUUAGCGGCUCAAAGGGACAGCGGUAGGUUCGUAUUCUUUGACAUGCUUACGCUGGGCUGUUCAGAUAGAAGUGGAAAGGAAACAGGUGAAGGCGUUCUUGUUGGGUUGUACUGCAAAAUUCAGAGAGCUGUUCAUGCCUUAAUUCAAGAGAACAAAAAGCAUGUCACCAUUGUGAUUGAUGAUAUAUCUCUUUUGGAGGUUGCUGCCAAUGGUUCUUCAAAUCAUGUCUUAGACUUCCUUCAUUAUUGCCACACUUUAUUAUCAGAAGUUGGUUGUUCCAUAAUUGCACUUGAUCACGAAGAUGUUUACAUGGACAUCGAAAGGCCACUGAGUCUACAGUUGGAAUACCUUGCUGACGUUUUGAUAAAAGUAGGACCACUAGCCACUGGUAUAGCAAAGGACGUUCAUGGGCAGUUGACAGUUUUGAACAAACCCGUUGAAGGCCUGCAAGACAAGUUAAGAAACAGAGUGCAGAACUUCCAGUUUUACAUCAAGGAAAAUGGUACUGAGUUUUUUUAUUCUGGAAGCAGAGCUUAAGGAUAGUGUAGGGCAAGACAAGUAGGAAGAUUUGAUAUUUAUACCUUUUGGCUUUUAUUAGAAUGAUUUUGAGGGCGCUCUAUUAAGAUUCUCACCAACACAAAAAGAUUCCUUGUACUUUGGUCAUAUUGUUUCUAAUGAAACCAUUGGAGACUUGCUUACCUCUCUUUAUUUGAGGUUAUAUUGAUAAAAAUUCAAAUGCUGUUUUCAUUUGUA